AUGGCCGAUGCGGGUGCCGAGGGGCGUCCCGAUUACUCGACCUGGACCAAUUCCAGUCUGAUUGAUCGAAUCACAGAACUCGAAAGACAACUGCAUGCCCAGACGACGCAGUACACGGCCGCGCCCGCGGAAGGUGCACCGGGUGCAGCUGUUUCGGAAGGUGUCUACGAGCCUGCCAUUCCGCCUCCCCCAUCCGCCAAAACUUCGAAGAAACGCGCCCACUCCCCGGCGGAGGUUGAUAUCGUCCACAAGCCCGCACCAGAUCGGCUGCCGAAGGAAAAUCGUGGAUUUGACCCAUCGAAGUACAACACCCGGUACAUCGCACUCAAGUUCGCCUACCUGGGACAACGGUACAAUGGCCUCGAGCAUACGAAUGGGAACACUACGCCGCUCCCUACGGUCGAGGAAAUCCUGUGGAAAGCUUUGCGGCGUACACGGUUAAUCCUCCCUGAAACUAGCUCGCCUGAUGAGCCGCAUCCUACCGAGCCACGAGAGAUGCGUCCCUACUCUCUUCACUGGGACGGGUGCGACUACUCGAAGGCCGGGAGAACGGAUCGUGGCGUCAGUGCAUUUGGGCAAGUUGUUGGGGUGAGGGUUCGCAGUGCUCGGCCAAAGCCGCAACCAAAGGCUACAGACCCAGAAGCGGAUGACGCUGCAACGCAAGUUGAACUCUCGUCCGUAGACCAGGACUGGGAUGAUAUUGCCGAUGAACUAUCCUAUGUGUCGAUCUUGAACAGAGUACUACCAGAUGAUAUCCGAAUUCUAGCCUGGUGCCCUAAUCCCCCACCGGGAUUCGAUGCUCGUUUUUCUUGCCGUGAGCGCAGGUAUCGAUACUUCUUCACCCAACCUGCCUUCUCCCCUACCCCUGGAGCAGUCGGACUUGAAGAUCGUAUCGGAGGAGGGGAGGGGUCGCGGAAAAAGUACCGCGAGGGCUGGCUGGAUAUCGAAGCCAUGCGCGAAGCAGCCAAGUACUACGAAGGCACACACGAUUUCAGGAACUUCUGCAAGCUGGACACGAGCAAGCAGAUUGAAAACUUUGAGCGCAUAAUUUUUCGCUCCGAUAUUGAGCGCGUUGACCCCAAGUCCCUUCCCCUGGGCUAUGUGAACCGACCGGGGUUCCAACAGUGCGAGGAUUCUCCAAUGGACAUGGAUAUGACCUCCGACGAUUCUGCAAAGACGCCCCCACAGGUGUAUUCGUUCACCCUGUACGGCUCCGCCUUUUUGUGGCACCAGGUUCGCCACAUGGUCGCUAUUCUCUUCCUAGUUGGGCAAGGACUCGAACCUCCGUCCAUCGUCCUAGAUCUUUUGGAUAUUGUCAAAACCCCACGAAAGCCAUCAUAUGAGAUGGCAUCUGAUGCACCACUCGUGCUGUGGGAUUGCAUCUUCCCCGACGAAAGCUCCGGCAGCCGAGAUGAUGCAUUGGACUGGGUAUAUGCCAGCGAUCCGAGACUCAACCAGAACGGCAGCGCCAAAGGCGAUGGCAAGUUUGGCAUCAAGGGUGUGGUUGACGGUUUGUGGAGUGUCUGGAGACAGCGCAAGAUGGAUGAAAUCCUGGCCGGUGCUCUACUGGAUUUGACGGUUAGCCAGGGUGACCAGAGCAUGGACAACAUAUUUGGAAAGCAGGGACUCACCAAGAAACAGUGCAGAGGUGCUAAGGUCUGGUUGGGGUCAGAUGAAGCUCGUGUGGGUGGAAAAUACAUCCCUGUCAUGCAGAAGCCAAAGCUGGACCCCGUUCCGGUUCAGAAUGCCAGAUGGCUUGCGUCCAAACAACGCAAAAUGGCGGCAAAAGAAGAAGCUGAGAAGGCGGAAGUGCUGCAAUAA